AUCCCUAUAUCUAGUGACAUUUUUGUCAUUUAUUGUGGUAGUCAAACUAGAGUUAUACGCAUGCUCGAGAAAAUCUAUCUUUUAAUCCUUGUUUAGAAAGAUGGCAGACAACAAACUUUAUGAAAUAUUAGGUGUUAGCAGAAAUGCCUCAGAUAGCGAAAUAAAAAAGCAAUAUAGGAAAUUAGCAAAGGAAUUUCAUCCUGACAAAAAUCCAGCUGCAGGAGACAAGUUUAAGGAAAUAAGUUAUGCGUACGAAAUUCUUUCUGACUCAAAAAAACGAUCUUUAUACGACAAAGUUGGCCUUAAGGGAAUGCAAGAAGGUGCCCAGGAUGGAUUCGGUGGCGAUCACUUAUUUUCACAUCUUUUCGGAGGUGGUUUAUUCGGUGGAUUUGGAGGAUUAGGUGGUGGUGGAUCACGAAGAAGACAAAGAGGUGAGGACACUAUACAUCCAUUAAAAGUGACUCUAGAAGAUAUGUAUAAUGGAAAAACAUCCAAGCUGCAACUUAGUAAAAAUGUCAUAUGUGUAACUUGUUCUGGAAAAGGAUCUAAAAGUGGUAACACAGAAAGAUGCCAAACUUGUAACGGUUGUGGUUUAAAGGUUACAUAUCGCCAAAUUGCUCCUGGAAUGGCUCAACAGACCCAAACACGCUGUCCCGAUUGCUUAGGAGAAGGUGAGAAAAUUAAUGAAAAAGAUAGAUGCACUACAUGCAAAGGAAAGAAAGUGUGUAAUGAAACGAAGAUUUUGGAAGUUCAUAUUGAUAAAGGUAUGAAAGAAAAUCAAAAAAUUUUCUUUAGAGGUGAAGGUGAUCAACAACCCGAUAUGGAACCAGGUGAUGUUGUUAUUAUUUUACAACAGAAACCUCACGAAAAAUUUCAGAGAAACGGUGAUGAUUUGUAUUUUAAACAUACUAUAACCUUAACUGAAGCACUAUGUGGAUUUUCUUUUGUUAUUCAUCAUUUAGAUGGAAGGGACAUUCUUGUAAAACAUCCACCUGGAGAUGUGAUUAAACCAGGAGGUGUCAAAUGUGUUAUGAACGAGGGUAUGCCUCAUUAUAAAAAUCCAUUUGAAAAGGGAAACUUGUAUAUACCGUUCGAGAUUAAAUUUCCAGAAAAUCAUUUUACCAAUGAGACCAAUUUAAAAGCUCUAGAAACCUUAUUACCUCCUAGAUCCGAAUUUACAAUGCCUUUUGGGGAUCACGUAGAAGAGGUUGAUUUACACGAUUUCGACCCAUCCGAUAAGGGUAAUUACUCUAGGAAUGAAGCAUAUGCUAGUGAUGAUGAAGAACAAAUGCAUGGGUCUGGUCUACAAUGUGCACAUCAAUAGAAUAAUUUUUUUUUAUUGCAAAUCUGUAUGUUGUUCUGUGCUUCUUUCUGAAUAAGGAUAUUUAACUUUAAAUUGAUCUGUAGAAAGAUGAAUUUGGAUUUAGAGUCUACUACUAUUUAUUUGUAUUUAAAUUACGGCAACUUCAGAUUGCAGUUUAUAUCUUUUUUUUUGUCGCAUUAUUCUCAUAUUUAUUGCAUUGUACACUUCUGUUAUUCAAAUUGUGUCAACAAUAAGGAUUUUAUUUGCAAACAGGAUACUUUUUAUUGGUGGAAUUGAAACUUGUUGAUGUAUAUAAAUUGACAGUUCGAUUAAUUCUUUUUUAUGAAAAAAAACCAUUACUUCUGACUAGUAUAUGUAGUAUAUACAUUUAAUUUACCUAUAAUUUAUAUUUUUCUCUGUGUACAAUAAUUUAAAUAAAGUAAUGUUUUAUAGACAA